CCUUUUCCCUUUUCAGGCUUAAGUCAUAACCAAAAACCACAAAACAAUUUAAUGAAAUAAGACUGAACAACCACGACGCCCCACACAAUAACUUGUAAACUAUAGGAAUUCAAACAAGCCACCACCGCUCAAACUUAACUCUAAACCACAAAUAAACAAAAAACGAAGCACAAGAAAUAUACUAAGAGUAAUUGACAAGGAGAUAGACCAAGCCCAAAGCCAAUAAUAACGCUAACAAAGAUGUCAUCGCGUUCCAAGGAGAGAGUUGUCACGGCAUUCCGCAAAAUCUUCCACAAGUCCAGCAACAACAACAAUAAUAAUAAUAAUAAUAACAACCAUAAUAAUAAUAAUAACAAUGACAAAAUUGAUGGUGCUACUGGAAGCAAUCCGAAUAUAACCAAUAAUAACCAUGAGGCUGCAGCGGCAGCUCCUUCAGCCGGCGGCGCAGGAGCAAUGGGUGGCGGUGCUAUGGGCGGAGGAGGAUCAGGAUCUGGAUCCGGAGCUGCUGCCUCCAAAAAUGCUGUGGUGCGAAUGGCAGCCGAACAGGCCGUUUGGGACUCACCAGGCAAGCGGCGACGACAAGAUCACAAGGUGGCGCCGACAACGGGACGCCAUCUGGUAGCCGCGCCGGAUCAAACGAUCCGUUCGCGGCGCCUCAUGAAGGAGUACCGUGAAAUGGAGCGGCUCCAAUCCAAGAACGAUGCCGUCUUCACAGUGGAACUCGUCAAUGACAACCUGUUUGAGUGGCAUGUCCGCCUUCAUGUGAUAGAUCCCGACUCACCACUUGCCCGGGAUAUGGUUGAGAUGGGCGUUCCGGCCAUCCUGCUGCAUUUGAGCUUUCCCGACAACUUUCCGUUCGCCCCGCCGUUCAUGCGUGUCGUGGAGCCGCGCAUCGAGAAGGGCUAUGUGAUGGAGGGCGGGGCUAUUUGCAUGGAGCUACUAACGCCCCGCGGAUGGGCCAGUGCAUAUACGGUGGAAGCGGUCAUCAUGCAGUUCGCUGCCAGCGUUGUCAAGGGUCAGGGGCGUAUAACGCGCAAGCCAAAGAAUGCUAAGGAGUUUACUCGUCGCCAGGCCGAAGAGUCGUUCCGUUCGCUGGUAAAGACACACGAAAAGUACGGAUGGGUGACACCAGCUUUGGCCGAUGGCUAAGUACAAAGUCUUACCAAGAUUCCAGAUACCAGAACCGCGAUGUAACUACGCUCAGAUGCUCUGCGUUUGCCAAGUCAACACAAGAACAACCAAUGCAAUUUAAUAUUCAGUCGUCGCUCAUAGAAAUGCUUCACCCAUCAUUACAUAUUUACAAUCAUCAUCGGUUGCGAUAGAUCCUCUCUCCCCCCAACCCGUGGGACAUAGUUCUUAGAAAAGUAACGAACGAUUUCAAUUGCUAAACCA